GAGCACGAGGAAGAAGAAAAGGAGGACUAUGAGGCUUAAGAGGAGGAAGAGGAGGCAAUGGUGGAGGACAAGGAGGACGAGGACGAAGACGAGGAGGGAGAAGGAGGACAACAAGGAGGAGGGAGCGACUGCGGUGAUGGAGGUGGUUGUGCUGAAGGAGGGGAAAGCAGACACGAAGGAGGACGAGGACGAGGGGGGGGAGAAAGAUGACCGGGAGGAGGAGGAGGAGGAAGAGGAGGAAGAAGAAGAGGAAAAGGAGGAGGAGGAGGAAGUAGAAAAGGAGGAGGAAGUAGAAAAAGAGGAGGAGGAAGCGGUGGAGGAGAAGGAGGCGAAGGUGGAGAUGGACGAGUAUAAGAAGGAGAGGGAAGAGGUAGAAGAAUAGGAGAAGGAGGAAGAAGAUAAAGAGGAGGAGAACUU